CAUAAUAUACAAUCUUGUAAAUCGGUUAAACGAUGACACGAAACCCCGAUAUACUUUUUAUUACUGAAUAUAUUAAAAAUGUGCUUUAUUUCGCUACUGUUAGACAAGGAAGAGUGCUUAAAAGCACAAACGAAACUCAUUAUUUUUGCAUAGAUAGUCAAUUAAUUUAUGAAAAUUAUUAUUCAGACUUUGGACCAUUAAACUUAGGGUGUGUGUAUAAAUAUUGCAAAAUACUGAACGAUAAACUAAAAGAAUACCUAAAUAAACAGAUUAUAGUGCAUUAUACAUCAAUUAAUCCUACGAAGAAAGCGAACUCUGCAUUUCUUUUAGGAUGUUACGGUGUUUUGUAUUUGAGUCUUCCACCAAAAGAUGCGCUCAAACCAUUACUUGUUCAUGGGCAGAAUUACAGGCCAUUUCAAGACGCAACCCAGGGUGAAUCACGUUACACUAUAUCUUUAUUAGAUUGUCUGCAAGCUAUUGUAAAAGCUCGGGAUUUGGGCUUCUUCAAUUUUCAAGAUUUUAACUACGAAGAGUAUGAUAGAUUGGAUAAAAUACAGGGAGGUGACCUUAAUUGGAUUGUACCGGGUAAAUUUUUAGCUUUUAUCGGCCCCGUGGAUUAUAGCGUAUCAUUGUAUCAUCCACCAGAGAUGUAUGUAAGCUAUUUCUUAGAAAAUAACGUGAGAAUUGUAAUACGAUUGAAUAAGAAGCUUUACGAUGGAAAUGUUUUCAGUAGUGUAGGAAUUACACACUACGAUUUGUUUUUUCCUGACGGAACUUGUCCUCCACGUCACAUAUUGAUGAAAUUUUUACAAAUCAGCGAAGAGGCUGACACCGCUAUUGCUGUUCAUUGUAAGGCAGGUUUAGGUCGCACUGGAUCUUUGAUUGGGUGCUACCUUAUCAAACACUAUCGCAUGUCCGCUCAUGAAGCAAUAGCUUGGAUGAGAAUUUGCCGCCCUGGCUCUGUUAUUGGUCAGCAACAAGAAUGGCUAGAAGAUAUCGAAGCAUGGUUAUUGAAACAGGGAAAUUUAUAUAGAAAGCGAAUGUACGAUGAUAUCAAUAGAAUUCCAACGCACGAAUUUGGGGUUUAUUCUAUCGCUGAGAGGACGCAUCGACAAAAACCGGUGGUGUUCAGUAAAUCUCCGUCACCACCUCCACCAAUACAGAGGCAGCCUCGUUCUGAUGUUUCACCACCAUUGCGACCACAAGCAUCCAAAAAUAAAGAAGCUUCUCAUAAAACGCCCGAGAAGAAGUUCGACUGGAACGUGAAAAUUAACACGCCCAAAGUAUCUCAAAAAGGAGAUCAGCCAGGAUCGAGACGUGGAAGUGGAGCUGGUGAGCCACGUGGCUCUAGAACCCCAUCCCGUAGUAAUAAUGUUCGAUCACAAGGACGAUAUAGUGCUAAAACAAAUGAUUCAAGCAAAAAUACAUCUGCUUAUAACCCAGUGCCCACGUUUCGUACAUCUGAAGGACCAGUGAUGAAGAAUGUAACCGAUGCCAAGAACUUUUUAAUGCGAAGUAGCAUUUAUAGUGAGCAGAAGCACAAACAUUUAAAUUCUGCUAUAACGGUUACACCACAAUAUUCAUUUAGGCUCUCGAAUUUAUACAGCGACCGUUUGGGUUCCAGUGAUGUUACAAAAUUAACACCAUCCGCUACAGCAUCUAAAUAUCCGUCACAAGCUCAGGGUAGACGACGACUUGGUCGAAGUCCUAGUCCAUCGCCGAUGAGAUACGCAACUGAACAGAGUCGUGCAACGAAUACUUUGCCUCCUUCGUCCACAACUGAAAAGUUUUUAGCACGAGAUUCGAAAUCUGCUUUAAAAGAAGCACUGUCAAGGCUUAAAUUAUCGGGCCCGAGAGAUAGUUCGAUCGGUGCUGCGUCGUUAGGAGCGAGACGCGACGCUCCGGCCGCGAGACAGGCGCCCUCUGUGCGGUCGGACGAGCGACCGCUAGCUACGCAAGGAGACAUGUUGAAUAGUAUCAAGUUCCAAAGAAGAUUUCGGGAAACACUGAACACGGAGAAAAAUAACUUCCAUGGUAAAACGAGUAUUACUCCGAAGGAGAAGUCGAGUAUACGUAAUAUUCACUCAAAAACGAGUAGUACGGCUAUCAAGUCUGGAUCAGCUCUCAAUCAAGAAUAUGGCGCCAAGGAACGCGGCAGUCCAUCGAGGAAUUUCUUCAAUCAACGACCAAGUUCACCAAAGGGUCGACGGACGCAAAUGUCAUUCUUCGACCAUAGAAUGUAAAUGUCAAUGUCAUGUUGAACUUUUGUAAAUUUUGGUGGGAAAAUAAAAAAAGUAUUCGG